CACACGUGUACCCUACCGGAACACGGCCAUAGUUUUGUUGUGGAGGACUCGUUAACCAUUGCUCUGUGGGGAUUUCCAAAAUGUACGAUCGGAUAUACAUUUAAGGAACUCUGUUUUAAAAAUGCAAAACGCCUACAAGCAACCAGCUGUGUGAGGAGCUGCAGUUCUGCACACCUUUGAGCAGCAGGAUGAUGCAGGCAGGAGUCUGUCUUAGACACUGAGACAACACUACCAGAGCUCACUGAGCAGCACCAGAUCAGAAAGAAAGAAGAGGAACUCAGUGGACUGGAGUCUGUCCACAUGGCAGAGUCAGAGACAGAAUGUGCUGCGCCAGGACUCAACACACUGGAGCCAGAGUGUGUUACAGCACACAGCGGGGUCAGUGAUGUAGACCACACAGACACAUCACUGAUUAAAACAGAAACUGAUCUGGGCUCCACCCACACUGGGGAUCUUAUUAAGACAGAGAGCCUAGACAGUGCAGAGCUGGGAUAUGUAGCCCAUCUACAUCCUGACCAAAUCAAAACAGAGGCUGAUGAUGUAGGAUACCUUAAGUCAGAAUGCAUCAGUAACAUACAGGACAUUGAUUGUGUGAAUAUCAACUCUGAUCGAAUGAAGUAUGAAUCCAAUGAAAAUUUGGUGAAUGAUUUCAUGAAUAUUGCGGUGAACAGAGCUGGUGUUUAUUACAAUGGCCUGACUGAAUCAUGGCGAUGUGCAAAUUCAAACUUUAAAAAAGAAGAAAUUUAUAAUCUGUCAACCAAAUGUGGGGACUUAAAUCAGCACUGUAACAUAAACAAUGAAAAUAAUCACACCAAAAUUGUCCAGAAAAGUACAAACGAUUGCAACAAACACAUUCAUUGUCAGAAAGUGAAUGUUGCAAUUGAUCCCAUAAGUAAUUCAAUUAAACACCCCGAUCUUCUGAAUUUCUGUCAAAUCAAGACAACUCAGAGAAAGAAAGGUGUGAUUCAUACAGAAGAAAAGCCAUACAAGUGUAAACAGUGUGAGAAGUGUUUUACUACAAAUUCAGCUUUAAAUGUACACCUGAGAAUUCAUACAGGUGAAAAGCCCUACCAAUGUUCUCAUUGUGGGAAGAGCUUUCGUACAAUAUCGGUUUUAAAUGUACACCUGAGAAUUCAUACAGGUGAAAAGCCCUAUAAAUGCACUCAGUGUGGGAAGUGUUUUAGUGCUAAUUCUGUUUUAUAUCAACACCUGAGAAUUCAUACAGGUGAAAAACCCUACAAAUGCACUCAGUGUGGGAAGUGUUUUAGCACAAAUUUUGCUUUAAAUCGCCACCAGAGAAUUCAUGCAUGUGAAAAGCCAUACAGAUGCAUUCAAUGUGGCAAGUGUUUUUCCAGAAUAUCCCAUUUAGAUAGCCAUCAUAGAAUUCAUACAGGUGAAAAGCCCAAGUGUAGCCAGUGUCAGAAGUGUUUUAGUACAAAUUCAGCUUUGAAUGUACACCUGAGAAUUCAUGCAGAUGAAAAGCCCUACAAGUGUACAGAGUGUGAGAAGUGUUUUAAUAAAAAGUUUUCUUUAGAUAUCCACUUGAGAAUUCAUACAGGUGAAAAGCCAUACCAAUGUUCUCAGUGUGGGAAGUGUUUUCGUACAAAAUCUGAUUUAAACAUACACCUGAGAAUUCAUACAGGUGAAAAGCCCUACUCAUGUUCUCAGUGUGGGAAGUGUUUUCCAAAACUAUCAAAUUUAAAUAGUCACCAGAGAGUCCAUAUCACGUAAAAGGUAUACAGGUGUGCUCAACAUGAGAACAGGUUUCAUACAAAAUCAGCUCUAAAUAUUCACCAGCAUGUUCAUAUGGAUGAAAAGCGCUCUCUGUGUAUUCAUUGUGCGAAGUCUUUUAAUACAAAAUAUUCUUUAGGUGCAAAGUCUGACAGGUGUACAACAAUGUGGGAACGACUUUUUCAUGAACUCUGCACCAAAGAAUUCAUACAGUUCAAAAGUGUUUUUUAACUAAAUCUACUGUCAAUUUAUGCCCGAGUAUUCUUACAAGUGAAAAAAUCUUUCAAAUGUAAUGUUAAAUGUAUAAAUUAAAAAUCACCUACAGGCAAAGAGCCUGACAAAUCUACGCAUUGUGGAAAGUGUUGCAUGAAAUCAUUCUUUAAGUUUGUCGGAAAUGCCUUGGAUGUCUAUAAAAUAAAAUAAAAACACCCUGAUAAUUCAUUUUUUAAAAUCCCUUCAUAUUUUUAAAGGAAGUCCUUUUUUGUGGAUUUGGUGGAUGUUUAUUUUGUGUUGAAGGAGUGAAUAAAGGGCAGUAAACCAGCCAUUUUGCAAUGUUUGUCGUAGCACUGUUUAUAAUUCACUGAAUAUUCCUUGAUGAUUGUAUUUUAGACAGACGUCUGAAAAAAACAGCAACAAUGACUGUGACAAUCAGAGAUGCCUUUUUCCUUUUAUAAUAAGUGUUUGUGAGCAUUUUAUUAAUUAUAGGUUGAUAUUUUGUGAUGAAAUUUAAAGUACAAUUUGAAAGAAAUGUGAAAACUGAAUAAACUGUAGAAAGAAAC